AUGGGAAAGGAAUGCAGUGGUUGUGGUGGUGGUGGCGACAAGGCAAUGGCAUAUCGGAGAAAACAUGGAAUAUCCAGAGCUUCCACUUUCAAGGAAGAGACUCGUUCUCAUGCAGAUUCUCACCCUCGUCCCUCUCUGACCUCUUCCUUAUCCUUCACUCCAUCUUCCUCAUCAUCUUCCUCAUCCUCCCUCGCUGCUCAGGCCAUCAAAGCCUCUACUGCUCGUCGUGAUCCCUCUCUUCACUUUACUUCCGCCAAAUCUGAACAUGACCAUCACAGAUGCAAGAGCACUGAUACUUACGUGGGGGAUGUUUCCAAAUCUGGUGUGUGGGGUGUCCUCGCUCAGAAAGCCAAAGAAAUUCUGGAGGACGAUAAGGCAUCCCCACACCUGCAACGCGACGGCAUCGUCCCUGAAAAACUCAAAAUACACUCUUUGAAUACAUUUGCUCCUCAUGCUCGUCCUCGCGAGGGUAUGGAGAGUAAACUAGCACAACCCAGAUCUCCAAUCAAGCUAAAAGGAAUUUCUCCAAAGGGCUCAAAGUCAAACCAAGCUCCUAGGAAGUGGAAUCCAUGGCAACAACCAGCUCAGACAGGAGACCCUCAAACUAUCCAUGAAACACAACUCAAGGCAUCUCGCGACGUGGCAAUGGCAACAGCAGCCAAAGCAAAAUUACUUCUGCGAGAGCUAAAAACCGUUAAAGCAGAUUUGGCUUUCUCUAAAGCACGGUGUGCUCAACUAGAAGAAGAAAAUAAAAUACUCCGCGAUCGUGAGGGCAGCGAGAAGGGACAAAACGUCAACCGUGCAGAUGAUGAUUUGAUCCGGCUUCAACUGGAGACACUUCUUGCUGAGAAGGGUAGGUUAGCUAGUGAGAAUGAGGUAUAUGCCAGGGAGAAUCGUUUUCUACGGGAAAUUGUGGAGUACCAUCAGUUGAGUAUGCAGGACGUGGUGUAUUUUGAUGAAAGCAUAGAAGGCAUGGAAGAAGUCACAGAACUUUAUCCCAUAGAUACCAGUUGCACUACUGCCAGUGGAGUUCCAAGGGUACAGUUGCCCAAGUCCCCACGCUCCCCCUUAUAUCAUCAAGGCUCACAGACAAAAUCAAUAUUUUCUGUGUCACCACAACAACAUCAACAACAAGACGAAGAAGAAGAUAUGAAUAUUAUUACAUCACAAUUAGAUGAGGUUCCUCCCAAUAUCUCACUUUCUAAAGAUAAGCGUGCAAUGCCAAAGUAA